AUGGCAGGAACAUCCAUGGACCGCACCUCGACGCGCAAGCAGCACCACCUCCAAUACAAAGCACACAAUAAACAUACGACACGCAACCUAUCAGCGGCUUCUUCGCGACUUUCAAAGGACUCUACAUCUUCCACACGACCCAUCAGCGACUUCUCCGCAACGACCUGA